AUGCCCAAUCCAACUGGGAAGAAUCAGUAUUACAAUGGCAAACGACCUCCAGACGAGGAACUGGAGAAGGCCCUACGUGGCUAUUCGAAAGAACUAUUGCCACAGCCUCGACAAGUGGAGCGUCUUGCUGAGGACCUGAAGUAUCAUAUCAGUGUAGCGACACUAAAGAAGCACCUGAAAGCUUUCGAUAUCCCAUCUGCACGCAAACCCAUUCCACAUGCUGAUGCUGUCGCGCAUGUGCAGGAAUUUGUUGCCACAGAUGUUCAUCGUCGCAACGGACCGGUUGAGAUUCGACACCGGAUCGCGCAAACAGGAAUUAUUAUACCUCGGGAUACUAAGAAGAUUAAGCGCGGAAAGUUAGACUCUCCUGGCUUCAUGGCCCAGCUUCAUGUGGACGGCCACGAGAAGUUAUCAGCCCUCGCGCUGGCUAUGGGCGGUGUGGGACUGGAGAUAUAUGGCAUGCGUGAGACGAAUGGCCCCUUCAUGCAGGCCGUCGUUGUACCCAACGCUCGUUAUAACGUCGCUGUGGCACACCUCUAUCUCGACCUUGUAGAGAAGCUUGGACACUUCCCUCGGCAAAUCACAGCUGACGGUGGUAGCGAGACGGGUUUGCUUCGAAGUGUUCAUGUGGCAUUGCGCGAGACGUUCGCACCAGAGUUGCGGGAGAUCCCAUUCCAGCAGCUCCCCAGCACUCGUAACAUCCCCAUUGAGAACAUGUGGUCUCGGUGGCUCAAAGCAGAUGGGGACAACCUGAAGACGAUCAUAUUACAAGGCAGAGGAAACGGUUUGUUUCUUCAUGGUCAUCCAGUACAUACCAACUUGUUUCAGUGGCUGUGGUCGAAAGUCGUUCAGAAGGUGAUGGACGAGUUCCGCGAAGGGUGGAACCGUCACCGCAUUCGGAAGCAGAAGGGAAAGCUUGGCCAUCGGAUGCACUCCAAUGACGUUAUUGCAACUCCUACAAAAUACGGACUCGAGGACCAUCGUGUGGGCGUCACAGAUAUGUCCGUAAUUCAGGCUCUCCGGGCGUGCCUCCCACAGUCCCGCCAUGAUGCACUUCGCUUUGUCGAUGAUGAGUUUGACGUUGCGGCCUGGGAGGUGUAUAGCGAGAUUGGAGAGCCACCUCUUACGGUGCUAAGCGGCUGGGAGGUGUUUGGAAGAAUGGCUGCACGCCUAGAACGUAUGUACGAUGAUCAUGUAGGGUUUGAGUAA